CUCGUCCUAGACACCUCGACAUUCAGACAAUUAUCCCUUGUCUUUCCUCUUCCCUCCCCAAGUGCCAGCUGUUUGUUCUUCCCUAUUGCACUUCGUGGCUUCUUUCGUGUCAAUCUGUUUCUAGAGUUGAACAGGAAAUCCCUCGAUCCCUCUCGUUCUCAACUCACACCCCCGUUAGACAGGACGAUCUGCACUUUUAGUAGUUUUUUUUUCUUCCCUUACCACCCCUAACCUGCACACGAUGUCCUCAAGAAGAGAUGGCGGCGCAUCAAGCGCGGCGCAGGCCUCAGCGCCACGACAAAACGAAUAUUUCGUACCUCGCGAUGGAAUAGACCGCGAGGUUAUCACCGCCGACAUUUGCCGCUAUCUUGGCAACGACGCGCUCGUCCGACCUGGAAACUAUACUGACCCAACUACCGGCCAGAUGAUGCAGGGCUAUCGUGUCACUGCUUAUCGAGCUCUGACUACCGCUAUGAUCCAGGAUCUGAAGAACGACUCCGCUCGCUGGGAGCAGGAGAGGAGGAGUCACUCUGGCGGUAGUGGAGCGAGAUACAGCGACUCGUCCAGUCGCUUCAACAGCACAACAACCCCUGCACAGUACCCUGGAAACGAUGCUCCCGGAUACAGUGGCGCUGGAGCGGGACCAGGAGGAGCGGGCUUCCCAUAUGACAACCGACAGGCCCCAUAUGGCAACCCUCAGUACGCUACAGGACAGGCCUUUACAUCCCAGGCACCGGACAGCAGGUAUAACGCACAAUCGGGACAGGGCGCCUAUACGCAAGGUCCUUAUGGCGCCACCGUAUACAGCUCGGAGGGAGGCGGCCCUCCGUACCUCGACGUGGGCGCGCACCAGACAAGCCGGUCUGGUCGCCCGUACCCGGACUCCAGGAUGUCUGCCUCUGCCUACCAACCCCAGUCCCAAGGCGCUGGGUAUUAUGGCCAAGGCCAGUACCAAGGUGGCCACCCUGCACAGCCGCUAGACACCGUGUACGGCCGUGGGAACACUUACGCGACCACCCAGCAGGACUACAACUCCUCAGGCCCGCCGGUUUACCAGUAUGACCCCCAGCCCCAGUACGAUCCUGCGAGCCAGAACCCCCUCCCUCGUGCGACCACUUCCUCUCCCACCAGUACACCAGCUCAGACAGGAAACAGUGGAACCUCUCAUUCCCACCGCCACCGGGAUCGCGACACCCGCGACGGCAGCUACAGCAAGUCCGACAGGCAUCGCCGGGCUCAGUAAUCCCCCCCGUUACUCUUACGUUGGGGCAGUGAUGAUGAGCCGCACGGCGUGGACCGGAUCUUGUGAGUGAGUGAGGGUAGCACCGGCCUCCCUUGUUUGAUCUGGACCCCUCCUGCUUUUUUCUUUCGGAAUGGCGUUUGCGCUGCUUUCUGCUUUUACCGCCCGGAUAACGCCCUGGUUGAGAGGUUCUUGAAGAGAAGAAAAAAAGAAGAAAGAAGAAAUCUCUUCAAAGUUGCAAGUGUGCAUCUCCCCCUCCCCCCCCCUUCUCUCACGAGCGACCGGAUCUCCUGGACCUGUACAGCUUCGACUUCAAUUUGGCGUGGCGCCCCGGCUCUCCUGGAGUUCACCUGGACUUUUGCCUCCUUUCCUUGGACCUGGAAUUUUUUCGCAUG